AUGAGUAAGUCCAAAGCGCUCGAGCUUUGUCCGAAGAUUGUGAGCAUGCUAGCUCGCCAGCGUGACCGGCCAAGCUUCACCUUCCGCGCCCGGCCCAGCUCGUUGCGUAAUCACCUCGUCACGUCGGCUAUUCCUACCGAGCCAGUCUCCACAUCUGUGCUCCUGCACGUUCAUUAUGGCAUUGCGCUGCCAGCGGAUGUCCAGCGCGAUGGGCACCUUCGACGUGACGUCGCUCGGACGUCUACGGCGUCUCAGCGACUGCCUUCGCACUGCUCGUCUUGCUGGGGUCCGAGUCUAGACGCAGGCGACUCGCGCAGCACUGACCCUCCGUACCCUUUGUCCUGCCUACAGCCAAAGGAAAACGGAAAGGAAGCUAUCGUACCGCCUCGACAUCCGUCAGCGCCAGCAAUUCGCCCAGCCUCGGCGCGUCGCUGCCCUUGCCCUCGCUCGCGCCGGAUGCGGCACCCGGACAUGCAUCAUCAACGGCCUCGAAUGCCACGAAUAACAUAGAAGCAGGAGAGACGAACUCGAGUGAACGACAGCCCUUGAAUCAUGCCGCUAACCCAACAGAGGCUGUGGACGGCACUCCAUCUCAAAUCGAGCCUGGACCCGACGAGCCUGAACCCGUGCCUGAGCCUGAGCUUGAGCCGGCGCCAGCGGCACCGGACAGUGUCGAGCCCGUCGUGGCGGCCUCGUUACCAUCCUCGGCAUUGUGUGCGCCGGACGAUGCGGUAGCCGCUACGAACACGAGCGUCCUUUCUCCCGAGGCCGAACGUCACGAGUCUCCCGAACAGACCGAACCAACAGUCGAAGACUCUGUUGAGCAAAGCGACCGACAAUAUUCGGAAUCCGCGGCGGACGAACCAUCCGCUGGCGCCGAGCCGGUGGAAGGGGACCCUGAAGAGGUUCCUCUUUUGGCUUCGACUUCGGUGCAUGUUGAAGAAGAGGUCGAUAACAAGCCUUUGACGACGACGAUCGAGCCGGAGGCGGAGCUUGCUGUCGAGCCCGAAUCGGGUCUCGCUACCAACUACGCGGGCAAACCACGGCGGUCCGCGGCUACGCUCAAGAAAUCACCCCCACCACCUGCUUCCAAGAACAAGAUGGCCACGGGUAAGAAAGGGGCGACCAAACGAACACCCAAGCUCGACGAUUCGCGUGAGUUGUUAAAGGACGAGAUCUAUGUCGAGAAGCGAGGCGCCAGGGCCGCGCGAGCCGGCGCGAAGAAGCUAGUCGAGGUCGACGAGGACGAAGGCUUCUUAUUGGAGGAAGAAGAAGAAGCCGAUGGUGCGGAGGGCUUCACGAGAUGCAUUUGCGGAGAAGACAGUGAGUUUGCUUAUCGUACCCUGGAACCUUUGGACCAGACACUAACGCAGCUUGAUCUUCUUGCGCAGCCGUUGAGAAGGAACAAGAGCUCAUGAUCCAGUGCGACACUUGCAAAUGCUGGCAACAUGGACCAUGUAUUGGACUUGUAGAAGAGGAGGUGAGCUCUCUCUCACAAUGCCCUGUAAGAUGCUUUUGAGACGCUGACGAUGAUCUGGGAUCAAAUGGCAGGAAUGUCCCGACCGGUACUUCUGCGAGUUGUGCAAGCCAACAUGGCACGGCCAGAACGGGUAGGUUUAUCGGAUAGCCUUUGAGGUGCUCGGCUUGACCUCUCUUUUGCUGACCAGAUCACCGAUGAUCGCCACAGUCAAAUCCGCAAAACCCACCGCAAAGUCAUGAUAAACCGCACUGCCGCCUUACCCUUACCACCAGGGCAGACAAGCGUCGUUGCCCCCACCACUAUGCCAGUCACCGCCAGUAUCCGUGGGCAAAAACCUCGCGAGUCCGCUGAUGCCGCUCUGGUCUCGGCAUAUCUGGCCGCUGAGUCCACCGGCGAUGCGUCCGCGGCGGCGAUCCGCCACGAAUCGCGGUCGCUCUCACCUAAUCAACAAGGCGGCGGGACCAAGGCCGAACCAGCGCCAAAGAAGCGGAGUACGAUGAACUCUCGCGAUGCCGCUUACGAUGACGCCAUCGCGUUGAGCCUGAUGACGCCAGCAGCAGCGGCGAUGCGUGCCAAGCUGGAGAAGAGAACCGUCAGCGGGGACGAUGCUGCCGGUCUGGGUCUCGAUGAGGACGGAGUGCUACGGCAUCCUGCCAUCUUGCUAGGCGAGCUACCAAGUCUACCCUCACUCAAUUUCGAGUCUGCACCGCCGCCUCCGGGCGCUCCCGAGGCCAAAAUGGAUGUCGAUGUCGACGGACUGAACCAAUCUGGAGCAAAUUUCGACGACGACUCGAGUGAGUGCUCCGGAUCGGAACCACCGGCUGAGAACGAAAGGGGACUGACCUUUGUGAUAUUCCUAUUUUUCCCAGCUGUAUCACCCAACCCCAAUGCUAGUGCUCGAGCGAAACAUCCGAACCAAUACACCUACCGUCCCAAACCGGGGCCAACGCCGAGCGGUCGAGGACGCGGCUCGCCCGUCAAGCGAGCCAGUGGCAGGGAUACGUCAGGAGGCGCUUCACUGGCGAACACGUCUGUCAAUGCGAGCGGUGUGACCAUGGCUUCGUCCGAGCAUCCAUCUCGCACCCACCGGCCGCAGCGUGAUUGGGUACCAGGCAACGACCCCUCGGGGUGGGGCAUCCCAGAACACCUCAAGCACCUUUCGCACCUGCUCCCAACGCCCAGUCCUCAGCCCAUCCACGUCCCGCGCAAGCGAUCUUCCGACUCAUACUCGUCGAGAACGCCACCGACGACGGCGGAAGCUCCGACCAAGAUCCGAUUUCCGAACAAGCGCAUGACGAUGCCCGAGAUGCGCAAGCGCGCGCGCAACGUGCUUGAGUACUUGACGAGGGUGCAGAUCGAGAUGUCGGAUCGGGAGAAGAGGACCGAGCGUGUCGAGAAGGCGGCCCUCUCUGGUGGUUCGGGAGCGUCCGGAUCGACCGCUGCUGUUCAGCAGAACGCGGCCAGUUCGGACCACCUCGAUAGCAUGAGCCUGAUGGACGAGUUGACCAAGGACAUUAUCAUGUUUCAAAAGACGUACUUUGAGGGCUAG